AUGGAUCUCGGCAAUUUGACUAAUCUGCAGACGGAAGGGGUCAAUUCCCGGACCGUCAAUAUCGACCGCAUCUCAACAUUGGAGAUGUGCACCAUCAUUAAUGCGGACGACCAUAGAGUUUCCGAGAGUGUUACACCGUGCCUGCCCGCCAUCGCAGGUGCCAUCGAUGGGUUGGCAUUGCGCGUGCGCCGAGGAGGCAGAGUGAUUUAUGUCGGGGCCGGAACCAGCGGCAGACUUGGCGUAUUGGAUGCCUCGGAGAUACCACCUACCUUUGCAGCACCUCGUGAACAGUUCAUCGGGUUAAUCGCUGGUGGAGAUGCGGCAAUUCGACAAGCCCAAGAAGGUGCCGAGGAUGACGAGCACGCUGGCGAAGAGGACAUGAGGAAUCUUAACCUCAAUCCCGAACUGGAUAGCAUCAUUGGAAUCGCCAGUUCGGGCCGUACACCAUAUGUGCUUGGGUGUCUCGCGUUCGGCAAGAGAUUGGGAUGUUUCACUAUUGGUGUUGUCUGCGCGAAACCCUCUAUGAUCGGAAUGUCUGGAAAUGUGGACUUUCUGAUCGCACCUCUUCCGGGCCCGGAGGUUGUUACUGGAAGCACGAGAUUGAAGGCUGGAACGGCGACAAAGUUGGUUCUCAAUAUGCUCAGUACUGGCACAAUGAUUCGAACUGGAAAGACUUACGGUAACAUGAUGGUUGAUCUCCAAGCGUCCAAUUUGAAACUGAAACAGCGUUCGAAGAACAUUCUGAAGCGACUGAGCUCAAAGUGUGCCGCGAUGGUAGAAUCUGAUCUGGACGAACUGCUCAGCGAGUGUGAGCACAGCGUUAAGCUUGCUCUUCUUGUUGCGGAGACCGGCAAGUCUGUCGAAACUUGCAAGGGAGAUCUGAAGCAUGCAGGGGGGAUCCUUUCAAAGGCACUGGACGUGGCAGUGACAAAUGUCCGGCCCGUAUCGAAUGAGGUCGCGAGGAAAUUCGCGCUUUGCAUUGAUGGAGGAGGUACCAAGUGCGCUGCGGUAGUUGCCGAUGCAGCAGGAAACACGACUCGCGGAUAUGCCGGUCCAUGCAAUCUUACCGAUGCCAUUUCGAAUGUGGAUGGAGUAGUAUCCACAUUGAUCGAAGCCGCCAAGAAUGCCUUGAAACAGCACAUUCCCGAGAAGGAGCUGACCGCAUCCGCCUGGAAAGGCUAUCUGCAGACUGUAUUCCACUCGGUCUGGAUUGGGGUGGCUGGCUUGGAUCGUACCGGGCUGAAGGACUCUUUGGUUCCUCAACUUAGCGAGACCUUUGGCUUGAAUCAUACAACUGGCGCGUUCCGAUUGACUAGCGAUGUAGAUCUUUUGCCUGCUACCGUGUCUUCCAACGACAACCAUCCGCCAGUAGUUGUUCUGAUCGCGGGUACUGGUAGUGUUGCCAUGCGAUACAACUGGGACCAGGAGGAUGGGUAUGUUCGCGUGGCUCGUUCCGGGGGUUGGGGGCACAUUCUGGGGGACGAAGGUGGAGGCUAUUCAAUUGGCCGUGAGGCGAUCCAAUUCACGCUGGAUGUGUUAGAAGAGCGCACCCUGGGACUACAAUCGCACGAUCUAGGUGAACUUGAGCUGGCUGUUAUCGAGAAGCUUGGGUGUCCUACAGAAGAAGAUGGAAGUAUUGAUCUUUUGACGGAGAUUCUUUCUACGCAAGAAGGUCGGAAUAUCAAGACUCGAAUUGCUGGGGUGGCAGAGGCUGUCUUGAGACUUGCCCAGGGCAACGAUGCUGCAAAGAAAAUCGUUCAGCUUCAAGUCUCUCGUCUCAUCAAUAAGACCCUUGCUCGUUUGACUGAUAGUCGAUCCAACGGUUUCUCGGCUGCCGAAAAGUCGGAACUUGUCUUGACUGGAGGAUUGAUGAAGAAUGGUGAAUAUCAAGCAGCGCUACGAGGACAUUUAGAGCAGAGUGGAUUGCAAUUUCGGUCGAUUCGUCUCGUCGAGGACGUGGCGGAAACAGUCGCAAAGGGCUUGGUCUUAAAAUAG